AAAGAAGAAGACGAGGACGAAGACAACCAUCCAAUAACGUGUUCGCCGCUGCUUGACCUUUUCUCCUCUUCUUCUCCAUUGCAGCAUCUUUUUAUUAAGAAAAAAUAAAUAAAGUAGCGUAAAUUAUCAUCAAACUUCUCGGCGGGUGGCAUCGAUUUUCUUCUUGGCCCUUUGUCGAUUCCCGAGAAGGAAAUAAAAAUUCUUGGUUUAAUUGCCUCUGGAUCUUACAUGUUCUGCAUUGGUUGCUAUAUGUACAAGUAGUUAGCUUUGGAGUUUAUACAAUGGAAUCAAUUCUAGAAGGCUAGUGCUCCCUAUUUUCUAUCGGGUAACUUUUUGUUAUAUAUGGAGAACCUUCCCGUUGAAGUCAUUGGUAAUAUUCUUUCCCAUCUUGGAACUGCUCGGGAUGUCGUUGUUGCAUCUGCAACUUGCCGAAAAUGGAGAGAAGCCUGUAGGAAACACCUUCACACCCUAUCUUUCAAUUCUGAUGAUUGGCCUCGUGAUCUCCCCACGAGGCAGUUGGAGAUUCUCAUAACACAGACUAUAUUCCAGACUAUGGGUUUGCAGUGCCUUUCAAUCCAUAUGGACAAUGCCCAUGAGUUCUCAGCAGCUCCUGUCAUCGCUUGGCUUAUGUAUACUAGAGAAACCCUACGGAGUCUUUCAUAUAAUGUCCGUACAACUCCAAAUGUAAACAUUUUGGAGAAAUGUGGCCGGCAGAAGCUGGAGAUAUUGGAUUUGGACCACAAUACAAUUACUGGGGUUGAACCAAGUUACCAGAGAUUUACUUGUCUCAAAUCCCUUUCCUUGAGACAUGUUAGUAUCUCAGCUUUGGAUCUGAGCCUAUUGCUUGCUGCCUGCCCAAAAAUAGAGUCUUUAACACUUGAUACGCUAGAGAUUGUAACAUCAGAUUCGCAAUCUACAAUGGAAUUGAGCAGUCAAACACUGAAGAGUAUUUAUGCAAAAUCCAUAGGCGUGGAUAAGAUAAUACUGGAAGCAGAUAAUCUUGAAAGUUUGCAGUUAAAUGCAUUAAACCUCGAUCUUUUUGAGCUGAUUGGAAAGGGUACCCUGAAACAUCUCAAGAUUGAUGAUGUCAGUGUCACUCAUUUGGAUAUUGGUGAGAACACAGAUCAUCUGGAGGUUGUAGACGUUAGCAAUUUUACAAUUGUGUGGCCUAAAUUCUACCAUAUGAUAUCUAGAUCAUCGAAACUGAGAAAACUCCGGCUUUGGGGUGUGGUGUUUGAUGAUGAGGAUGAGAUUGUCGAUUCAGAAACUAUUGCUGUUUCCUUUCCCCAGCUCAGACAUCUUUCAUUAAGUUAUGAAUUAAGGGAUGGAUUGCUCCAUUAUGGUCUUCAAGGUUCAUCACAAUUAGAGAAUGUGUUGAUAUUGGAACUGGGAUGGACAGUAAUAAGUGAGCACUUUGGACAUUGGGUUUGUGGGAUGAUUGAGAAAUGCCCAAACCUUAAGAAGUUAGUCAUCCAUGGUAUUCUUUCUGAGGCCAAAACUCGUGAAGAACGCCAGAUGUUGGCCAAUUUUACCUCAUUCAUUGUUCAUCUCAUGAGGAAAUAUGUAGAUGUUGAUGUGCAGUUUGAAUAUGAAUGAGAUUUUGAGGGUGAUUUGAGCAGAGUUCACAUCGUAAUUUAUUUCAGCCUGUGUAACCAGUACAUCAACUUCAGGUGCAGAAGUUUUUCUGAUGAUGAUGUGAACUUCUGUUUCACCCGUAUUUCUUUUCUGCAUUCUGUUCACCAAUUUCAAAGUAAACCAGUUCUUAUCCUCAGCAGGAAUCUUAGCUCUCUGAUUCAGAUCUGGGCAGCUAGAAAAUAAUUCUUAAACAACACAAACAGCAAGGAGCCUGGCCAAAUUAUGUGCCAUAUUAUCUUUUGGUCACUGACAUAUCUGCCAAUGCUCUCAGUGCUGAUUGUUUUAUUCAAUGCAGUGCGUUUAUGGUGGGAACAAUGUAGCUGCUAUAUAUAUGGCUGAAGAUUUGUAUAUUGUUUACAUAAGCUUAAGGUUGAGGAACGAAAAUCUUAACCAGAUCAUUUUCUCAGAUGGGAUGCUUGCAUUGCCUGCUGCCACUUGAGUCUCUAGGAUUUUUUACAUUCAUUAAUUCUCUUGAGGCGUCACGAAGAAAUGAACAGAAAUUGCCCCUCAUCUGGAAUGUCAUAUUUCACAAAAUUGCUUUCUCCAUGGCUACAUCAAUUUAGUUGGUCUUUGAUGCAUUACAUAUAAACUAAUGGGGGUGGGCUUGCUGAUUAACAUCUUGAGUCAUUGCAGAUGCAAGUCAGAGGAGAGAGCACUUGAAUCGGCAAUUUUUUCCAUUUUCUUUUGUGAUUUCUUCUCAUAUGUUCCCUUUCAGUGCCACAAACUUCAUUAACAAAUCAAAUAAUGAAGAAGUAGUGUCUUGGAACUAAUCAUUAGUUUCUGAAGUCAGAGCUAAGUAUAAUAAUUGACAUGUGUAAGAACAGUAUAUUAAAUACCUCCUUAUCAAGAGGCCUAAUAAUUUGUGCAUCACUUACUGUUUUAA